AUGGAGAAUCAGAGGAAUGUCUCAGAGUUCAUUCUUUUGGGGCUUUCUAAUGACCCAAACAUACAGAUAUUUUGCUUUGUGCUAUUUCUAUUCUGUUAUGUCAUUCUCAUGGUGGGAAACUUUCUGAUCCUGAUCUCCAUUCAAUGUAGUCCACUCUUUCACCAGCCUAUGUACUAUUUCCUCAGUCACUUAUCCUCCAUGGACAUCUGCUAUACCUCCAGCAUGACACCCAAAUUAAUCGGUGACCUGCUAAUGGAAAGAAAGACCAUUUCUUAUGGUUACUGCAUGUUACAGGUGUUUGCCCUGCACUUCCUUGGAAUGAUUGAAGUAUUAAUCCUGACCGCCAUGGCCUAUGAUCGCUAUGUGGCCAUCUGCAAACCCCUUCACUACAUGCUCAUCAUGAACAGGACAAGAUGCAACCUCCUUGUCUUAGCAGCCUGGGCUGGAGGGGCCAUUCAUGCUCUUCCUCAGUUCUCUAUGAUAAUCUGGUUGCCCUUCUGUGGUCCUAAUGAAAUUGAUCACUAUUUCUGUGAAAUCUUCCCUUUGCUAAAAGUUGCCUGUACGGACACCUACCUCACUGGUGUCCUUGUGGUUGCUAAUUCAGGCCUGAUUGCUUUAGUUAUCUUUGUUAUCUUAUCUCUUUCCUAUGGAAUUAUACUAUUCACAUUAAGGAAUCAGUCAGCUGAGGGAAGACGCAAAGCUCUCUCUACUUGUGGCUCCCAUAUCACUGUGGUCACCUUAUUUUUUGCUCCUUCCAUCUUUAGUUACCUCAGACCUCCUACUACCUUCCCCGAGGACAAAAUACUUGCACUAUUUUACACCAUCAUGGCUCCCAUGUUUAAUCCCUUAAUCUACACUCUGAGAAAUUCAGAGAUGAAAAGUGCCAUGAGGAAAGUUUGGUUUCAGUCGUCAUUACUCAAUGCCUUUAAUUAA